CUUCUAAGUUGAAUAGAAGCAUGGUUUGAUACGUGCGUCAGUUUAUCACAGCAAGCGUGCCUUAUAAAUACAACUGAUAAGCCCUAAUAAAUAGCAUCAAAAGCCACAAAGAUGCAGGUGCUAAGUAAACUCAACCCUGUUCCGCUGACGUGUAAGGAGUACGUCCAUCCGUGGACUGACUCAUGUAGCAUAGCUUCCGCAGUGUUCAUGACCGGUGUCGUACAGAAUGGCUUACGAUUUUACACUGCAGUAUACAUGCUCUCUUUGGCAAUGCAAGGCCGAUUACCCACCAUCGAGGAGUUAAAGCGCACCGUCCGUGGUGUGCUGCAGUCGACUGCCUUCCUUGCGAUGUUCGCCCUUAGUUAUACAGUUUUCUUGUGCGCUGUUCGACGUCUGGUCGGUUCGUACAAUUUCUACACGGCGUCGUCCAUUCCGGCCUUUUUGGCUGCGUUCUGUGCGAUUCUGGUGGAGCGCCCAUCCCGACGAGGUUUGCUAGGUCUGUACGCGGCUAACGUGGCAACCGAGACCGGUUGGAACAUACUGAAGUCACGAGGCUUGGUUCGAUCUAUUCCAUACGGAGAGAUUUUGAUCUUUGGACUAUCGACGUCUAUCCUACUUUACUACUACCGGUUGAAUCGACAGAAAGACUACAAUGAUUCGAUGUUCGAUGUGUUCAGAUUUGCGCUCGGGGACAGUGAAAUUAUGAAAAGCGAGGAGUUGACUGAAGUCAGACGGGAAAGCCGAACCAAAGAACGACCAAGGGCCGGUGUUUUGUCGUAUAGCUUUAUCCAGUCCGUACUGAAAGUGUACUCAAAUGUGACAUCGAGAAUCGAGACACUCGGCAAGCAUGCACUUUGUAGGCAUAAACACAGUUGCAUUUACAGUAUGCUCUCUGGAGGUGGGCGUAUGUUUUCAAUCGGACUAGGAAUUCAGGUUAUAAUGAAGGUGCUAUUCCAAGCGCGGCGGAUCAUCCGACGACCGAAGCUAUUCAGACGAACGUUUCUGAGGAAAGACAUUUUCAAACUAGGCAUGUUCUUGGGUGGAUUCACAUCACUUUACAAGCUAUCUUCCUGCCUGUUACGACACACAACCAACAACGAUAAAGCAGAGUAUGCAAUUCCUAGUGGAUUGAUUACCUGUGUAGUAUUUGGGUAUUACGCUGAUACUACAAUCGCUCUGUAUAUGAUGUGGAAAAUGCUACAGAUGACCUACAACUGGGGCAUCGAGAAAGGUUACGUACCAAAGGUUCCAGGUUUCACGGUGCUGUUGUUCUGCGUUAGUACUGCACUGAUCUUCCAUGCGGCUACGAUGGAACCGAUGCAACUGCGACCAAGCUACUGGAAGUUCCUUUACUCAAUUUCCGGCGGAAGAGCAAUGCUCCUGGACCGAAGUGGAUUCGACGUGUAUGGCGUUGGAACAAGCAGACAGAUUCGUGAAAUGAUCGAACUGUGCAAUACUCCGGCAGUGCGAAAGUUUCGAAUUUAAAGAAGUUAAACGGUUACUUUGAACGAACAGGUUGAAUUAUGAACCGUUGUCCAUAGGCCAACGCGGCAGAUGAUUGUGUCCUGAAGUACCUACCCUCCUUCUUCGUCUAGUUCUAUAGUUAUUUUCCGUCGGACUGUUUCCACUAUGAGGCCAAACACCGACGCCAGAGAGACGACACUCCCACUAUCUGGACUAUCUGGAUAUCGACUCGUCAACUCAUGGACCGGGGACCAACGACUUUACUUCCCUUCCGAAGGGAAACGCGAGCACAGGUUUUUUUUCACCUCAGGAAAAUCUCAACGACCUCGGCUGGGAUUGAACCCAGACCAGCUCUCGGGUGAGUGGCGGUCACUCUUACCACUCAACUACCGGUGCCGUUCAUCUACCCUACCAUCGAAUAACUUAUGGGUGAAGAUAGGUAGUUUAAAUGCACAAAAUAGUAUUGGGGCGCUUCCUAACGUGACAUCUUUAUUAAAGUUGUAAGUUUGACAUUGAGAAUAUAUUCUGAAAGCACAAAACAAUGUCUGGA